AUGGUUGGGUUGGAGGAGUAUGAGGGCAUUAUGGAUUCAUGUGCAUGGAGGGCUCUGGGGGGUACCGGGGGCCCUGGGGUGGCGGGCCCCGGCGUUCCCCAAGGCCCCCACCAACUGGGGGACCACCGCUCCCCCACAGUGAGCGGCCCCCCGCGCCCCGCACUCCCGCCGCGGCCCCCCGCGGGCCCCGAGCCCGAUCCGGAGGCGGACCCGGAGCUGGCGCUGUACUACUCGUCCAAGGAGCCCAUCCUGCGCGGGUCCCCGGCGGUGACAGCCCAGGGGCCCCGAUCCGGCGCGGGGCCGGGCGCGGGGGGCCGGGCGCGGCGCGGGGCGGUGGCGGCGCUGCUGGCCGCGGUGCUGGCCUACCUGGUGGGCGGCGCGCUCGUGUUCCGCGCCCUGGAGCAGCCCCACGAGCUGCGCCAGCUCCGCGAGGCCCGGGCCACGCGUGACCGCUUCCUGCAGCGCCACCGCUGCGUGCCCGGCCCCGAGCUCGACCGGCUGCUGCAGGACGUGGGGGGGCUCCUGGGGGGCGGCCCGGACCCCGCCGACAACGACACCGACGGCAGCAGCAGCAGCAGCUGGGAGCUAAGCAGCGCUUUCUUCUUCGCCGGCACCGUCGUCACCACCAUCGGUUUCGGGAACACGGCGCCCCGCACCGACGGCGGCCGCAUCUUCUGCAUCUUCUACGCGCUGCUCGGGAUCCCGCUCUUCGGGAUGCUCCUGGCCGGGGUCGGCGACCAGCUCGGCUCGUCUCUGCGCCGCGCCAUCGCCCGCGUGGAGCGCGUCUUCCUGCAGUGGGAGGUGCGGCCGGGCGCGGUGCGGGCGCUGUCCGCGCUGCUCUUCCUGGUGCUCGGCGCUGCGCUCUUCGUGUCGCUGCCGGCCGCCGUGUUCCAGCGCGUGGAGGGCUGGAGCCUGCUCGAGUCGCUCUACUUCGUGGUCAUCACGCUCACCACCGUGGGCCUCGGCGACUACGUUGCAGGCGCGGGGGCGGGGGCAGCGCACCCCUGGUACCCGCCGCUCGUCUGGUUCUGGAUCCUGCUGGGCCUGGCCUACUUCGCCUCCAUCCUCACCAUGAUCGGCAACUGGUUGCGCGCCCUGACCCAACGCACGCGUGCCGAGGUGGGGGGCCUGACGGCACAUGCAGCCAGCUGGACCGGCACGGUGACUGCCCAGCUGCGGGCGGGGGGGGUGGGGCUCCCCGAGAAGCUCCCCAAAGCCAUUGCCCUGAAGGGGGGGCCCCUCACCCCGAACAGGCCGGCCCCCCCCAGCCCCUUGGCCCUGCUCCCGCCCGCCACGCUGUCCCCCACCCUGGCAGUGACCCAGCUCAAUCCCCGGCCUCGGACGCCGGGGGGGUCCCCGGGAUGUGGGGGGCUGGGCGGGCCCCCGCACCCCUUUGACGGCCUGGGGGAGAACCUGGCCUUCAUCGACGAGAGCUCGGACACCCAGAGUGAAGCCGGGCCGCCCCCCGGGCCGCCCCGCCGGCCUCGCCGGCCCCGGGGCCCCCGUGUCCCCGCCGCCCCCCGGCCCCCCGCCCUGGAGCUGCAGGCUCGCACCCGCCACCAGGGCGAGGCCGUGUAGGACCGGGCAGCUGGGGAGUGGGGGGCACUGAAGUGGGGGAACCCCCACGGUGGGAGGCAGGAAACUGGUCCCCCCAAAAGUAGGGCAACCUGGAAGUGGGGGGGCUGGAAAUCCCCGCCCGAGACUGGGGCACCCCAGAAAUGGGGUCCAUGUCACUGGGGGAACUUGAACUGGGGGGCACCAGGAAGUGGGGGUCUCCUGUAGCUAGGGGAACCCAGAGGUGGGGAUACCGGAAGUGAGAGUCCCAUGAAACGCCGCCCCCACAAGUGAUAGGGGAACCCAAAAUUGGGGGUGUCCCUAGAAAUACCCUCCUCCCGGACGCGAGGAACCCCUGGAGUUGGGGAAACCUGGGCACAAGGGAGGAGGGCCCCCAUAAGCGGUGGGCCGCCGCCUCUCCCCACCCCCCACCACUGCAUGGACACUGUGCCCCCCAGUUCAAAGCCCCCCACGGUGCUAAAUGCCCCAAAUCCAUCCUCAGGGGGGAUGGGGGCCCUUUGGGCCUUACUGGGCCCAUUGGGGCACCCCUAAAUCAGGGGAUACUGGGGGGAAUUUGGAGGCUUUUCAGUGUAGAAGCCCCCAAAUUCUCAGCCCUUUUUUCUGGGGGGGAGGGGAAGAAGGGGGGUGAGCCCCCCCAGAAGUGGCUGCAUGUGUUACACUCAGCUCAUGCCCCACCUCAGAGCUGGCUGCAUCUCUGCCCCGAUUAGGGGGUACAUCUCCACACCCCCACGCGUGCACACGCCUUCUGUCCGUCUGUCCGCCCCCUCCAAUGGUGCCUCCCAGGCUCCUCCAUCUAUUGCGCCUGGGAUUUUCCAGAUUAAAUCCAAAUCCGAACUGGA